GUCGGGCGGCAUGGAUUCAGGCAAGGAGGCGGCGGCGAACGUGGGCGCGUCGGCGCGCGCCGGCAUGGAGAAGACGAGGGCCGCCGUGCAGGGGCAGGUGGACAAGGCCGCGGCGUACACGACGGGGCACAAGGAGGCGGCCGAGAUAAACAAGGAGGCGGCCAAGGUGAAGAUGCAGCAGAGGGUGCACGCCGCCGAGGAGGAGAAGCAGCGCGCCAUGCGCGAGAACGCCGCCGCCAAGGAGCACGGCAGCGGCGCCGGGAAGGAGGAGGAGGAUCGCCACGACGGCCACCGCCCAGAGAGCGGCCACGGUGGGGAGUGAGGCGCGCUGAGAGCUCGCCGGCUUGGCACGGCGGCGCAUCGCCCGAACGACCGGCGGCCACUCCGGCUCGCUGAUUCUGUUUUGUGUCGGUUUCCAUUUUGCUUGUAAAUGUGAUGUGUAAUAGGGUGUGUGUGAGAAUGCAAUAUAAUUGUAAGCUGCAGUUUUU